UAAGUAAGUAGGCUGUCAUGAUUAUUCAGUUUUAUUGGCCACUUAGUUUCCUGCAUCGAGCUAAAGACUAGAGUAGAGACUUUCCCUGCAUGUCUGAACGUGUGUGAGUGUGCAUGUGUAUGAGCUGUAUCUGUUUUCCAUCAUGACUAUGAGGAGUAGAAGAUUCUCGCUGGACGGCUCUGAGUGCGUGGACUUCGGCAGGGGAAGAAGAAGAAGCAGCAGCAGGUUCGGCAUUAAGAACCGCAGAGACUGUGGGAGUCUGGAAGACGCCCGCCUGGAGAUCCAGGAGCUGGAUCACAGCCUCAACUCAAGCGUCUCCCCCAGGAAUCAGACCAUAGCAGAGGACAGCGUUGGACACUCAGACGGCCUCAUUCACACGGCCAGGUUCCUUAGGCACAGAAAAAGCUUUUACAAACAGUUCCAUGAGGUUCCUGAGGGCGAGAGCCUCCUGCACACAUUUUCCUGUGCCUUGCAGAAGGAGGUGCUGUAUCAAGGACGACUCUUUGUUUCUGAGAACUAUGUGUGUUUCUACUCGUCAGUGCUGCUCAAAGACACAAAGGUGGUGAUUCCUGCGUCCAGCGUGAUGCAGGUGAAGAAGCACAGCUCCGCUUUAUCUGUGCUGUCUAUUAAAACUGCUGAUGGAGAGAAGCACACGUUUAUGUCUCUGACGCGCCGCGAGACGUGUUAUAAACUCCUCCAGGCGCUCUGCCUUCAGGAGAAGAGCAUCAACAGCAGCCCUCAUCCUUCAUUUGCAGAGAAUGAAGCGGAUAACGACAUGGCCUCCAGUUUUUCGAGUUUGGAGGACAGCGUAGAUCGUGAUCUCAGCAGACAGAGCAGCUUCUCUCAGAUGUCCAGCGAAGGUGAGAAACGGACGGGACAGAUGGAGGGAAGCGUAAACGGAGUAAUCGUCCCUGCUCCUACAAGACGCAAUUCCACCCGUCAAAACAGCUCAACAGACGAAGACAAUGGAGGCGAACCAGCCAAAUCCUGGAUUCGGAGGAUCAUAGAGACGGUCGCACCACUCUUCUUCCUCAGAGAGUUAAGAAGUCUCGGCGUUCUCUUCUACGUCUACAUGAUGCUGCUGGUGCUGCUCCUGCUGGCCUCCGGCUACAUUGGCCUGAGGAUGGUGGCGCUGGAGGAGCAGCUGGUUGAGAUGUCCACGCAGCGCACGAGGUACCCGCACAUGUAGCCGGAGGCAAAAACCCUCCUAGGAACAAAUGCGCUGCACCUUUGUACUCGGAGCACUGCUGCACACCGAGGCCGGCUGCCAAAAGCACCUCAGCUGUGAGACUCGUUCCAUUUGACACCACUGUACAUCUUUCAGUUAAUUUCAAAUAUUGUGCACAAACGAGUUGUCUCCUGGUGGACAUCGAUCCCCCGUGUCAACGCGGGUCAGCAGCAAGAGGCUUUUUGGAUGUCUGAACAAGGCCGCCGUCGGUGAACUCCACGGAUGGCUGAACUCUGCUGGCAGAGAAUCCCCAAUAUUUCUAUCCGGAGCAAAUUCAUUCUGUGCUGACAAAUCAAAUAACGCGCUGAGGAUCCAGCGCCCGGAGCCAUGUGGAGGCGGCCGGCUGGAGCUUAUUUCAUGGCCGCUGAACAGCUGAGAUCAGCAAGCUGAGUUUUGCUGGAGUCUUGGACGUUUUAAUCUCAGAUCACAGCCAGGACCCCGAUAAUGUGUAGAAGCUCUUAAUUCUUGGUCUAUUUGAAAAGGCGUUGUACUUGAAAUGAAAGGAGGUUUUCACCUUUUUCUGCAUAAACUGCUGGAAUCUCGUGACGUGUUUUAAAAGACUGUAAUUGGCAAUAACCCGCCAGCAGAGGGCACACACCACUAAACGCUGUUACCAAGGCAGGAUUCUGUUAUGAAAGCUUCAACACUACAUUAUAUAUCAGAAUAUAAUAAUAUAUCUAUCAGUGUGAUUUCAUCAAAUAGUAACAAUGUCUUAUGUCUAGUAUUCUUAUACGUUUUUGCAGAAGUGUGUCAAAUGUGUGGUGCCAAAAGAUUGCUGUGAUGAAUAAGCGACAAAAUGUAUGCCUCAUAUUGGGUGGAUUAAAAUAAAAACAGCAGCUCGGUUUGAA